CGUAUAGUGUGUGUAUGACAUGUAUUACAAUUAAAAUAGUGUUUUAAAAAAUAUUUGAAUUAUUCUAUAUGUCGACGACCGAUCCCUGCAAACAAUUUGCAUGUAAAUUGCAGACGUGCUUGAAAGACAACGUUUUUCAGCCUUCCCGUUGUCAAGACAUACUUGAACAAAUAAGAAAGUGUUGCUUGAAACAUUCUAACUCUGAAGUUUGUGACGGUAUAAAUACCUCAAAACCGUACCAACAUAAUACUGUAGAUUAUAAAAAAGCUUUAAGAUAAGCAAUGCAAUACGAAGAGAGAAGGGCAACAAGAGUUCCAAAAAGAGGAUUUGUGUACCGUUAUCCACAAGCUUUUAUUUUCAUGGGUACAACACUUGCUAUAUGUACACUGUUCAGCAAACCUAUUUACGAUAUAUUUUUUGUUAAACGACCAGAGAUUGACCUUAAAUCAAUCAAAUAAGUCUAUUUACGUGAAAGAA